GAAUCAUGAUUUUCGGAAUAGCUGUCCAAAGGAUUAUCCGGCAAUCCGUGUACCGCCAACAUAGCGGCUACCGAAAAGUCAGUCCACUUUGUACUUCGACAGCGAUUCGCCACACGGCCAACAGGAAAUACAGCAAAAUGACGUACCAGAUCGAAGAGAGAGGUUCGCCCAACACAAUUGACUAUAAAUUGUACAUAAAAAAUGAAAACGGAAUAGUUUCACCAUUCCACGAUAUUCCAUUGCUGGCUGAUAACACUGGCAAAGUUUUCAAUAUGGUGGUAGAAAUACCUAGAUGGACAAAUGCGAAAAUGGAGAUUAAUACAAAAUCUCCUCUAAACCCCAUCAUUCAAGACACAAAAAAAGGUAAAUUACGUUUUGUACCAAAUGUGUUCCCACACAAAGGCUACAUAUGGAAUUAUGGUGCCUUGCCUCAAACUUGGGAAAAUCCUGAAUUGCUAGACGAACAUACAGGGUGUAAGGGAGACAAUGAUCCCUUAGAUGUUCUUGAAAUUGGGUACAAAGUAGCAAAACGAGGAGAAGUACUGAAAGUAAAGGUAUUGGGUACUGUCGCAUUGAUUGAUGAGGGCGAAACUGAUUGGAAGGUUUUAGUGAUAAAUGUAGAAGAUCCAAUUGCACCUGAAGUCAAUGACAUCAAGGACAUUGAAAAACAUUUUCCCGGGCUACUAAAAGCCACUGUUGAAUGGUUGAAAAUCUACAAAAUUCCAGAUGGUAAACCUGAGAAUAAAUUUGCUUUUAAUGGUGAACCCAAAGAUGCCGAAUUUGCUCUGAAAAUAGUCAGUGAUACGCAUGAAUACUGGAAGGCCUUAAUACAAAAAGAGAACACUGACGGUUUAUCCUGUGUGAACACGUCAUUGAAUAAUGCUUCUAGUAUUGAUAAUGAAAAAGUUCAAGCAAUAUUGUCGGAGAUUUUGCCACUAUCCGAACCUAGCCCAUUAUCACCAGAAGUUGAUAAAUGGCAUUUUGUAAAAUUAUAAAAUGAUAACUGUUCAUGGUAUCAAUUUUUUGGUGAAAUUAGAAAGUGGGAUCAAAAUAAAUCAUUUUUUGAAAAAUAUUACAAUUGUUGUAUUUAAUUAUGUAGAACUCAUAUUCAUUCCUAACUAAUUUUACAACAUCCAAAUUAUUUAAUGAAUUACAUUUAUGUAUUUUUUUUUUUUUACAUGUAAAAUGCAAACAUUGUAACCUCAUAAUAAACUUAAUGUGUUAAAUACUACUUUUAAAUAUGUAUUUCAAUAAAUUGUAAUGUUUUUUCUUCAAAUUAUAA